GCGGCUCGCAGUAUAAGCAGCGCAGCGGGCACCUCCCACCAAACACUUUCUUCCUCCCUUGCUACCGUAAUACUGCAAUCUGUCUGACCUUGGUUGACGGCGUGACACUGCAAGCGCACGCCCUCCAUUCAUAGCAGUCCAAUCAAACGGGUACGGGAGUCCUGUCGUGUCCCCACCCUGCCGGCCCGCGAGCGCGGUGCUUUAUUCAGCGCCCGGAAGUGUGCUCUGCCCAGCGACACCUAAUCUAUCUCGCCCUCUGCCACUCCUGAAGCUGGUCUUCUGCUAUUACUACCGCUCGCUCUCUGUUCUCCGCCGCCAUUCCCACCGCUGGCCCUUGCAUGUCGCAAUAAGACCGGUCGAUCCGCUCAUUUUCCUCGUACGAGCCGCGCAACCGCGCUGACAGACUGACGACGCCCCGUGGACCCACGCGAACACAACAGGACAGGGACACGCCCAGCGCGACGCUACACAGUACACAACCAGCCAUGGCUUCUACGACAGGAGCUGCGCACAUGGCGACAACCACGCUGAAGGUCGAGGGCAUGACAUGCGGCGCAUGUACUUCUGCCAUCGAGUCGGGCUUCCAGGGCGUGGCCGGCGUCGGAAACGUGUCCAUCAGCCUGGUCAUGGAGCGCGCCGUUGUUUCUCACGACCCGGAGGUUAUCUCUGCCGACGAUGUGAAGGAGAUUAUCGAAGACAGGGGCUUCGACGCCGAGGUGCUGUCAACGGACCUGCCAGUCUCGCACACGACCGACGACCACUUCCUGAGUGACUCGGAAGACGAGGAGGACGCCCUGCUGGCAAACGACGGCUGGUCGACCACCACGCUCUCUGUGGGAGGCAUGACGUGUGGCGCCUGCACGUCUGCGGUGGAGGGCGCGUUCAAAGACGUUGCGGGAAUCAAAUCGUUCAGCAUAUCGCUGCUCUCAGAACGCACCGUCAUCGAGCACUGGACCAAAAUCAUCACGCCCGAGCAGCUGGCCGAGACAAUAGAAGACGUUGGAUUCGACGCAAAGGUGCUGGAAACCGUUGCCGACUCGCCUGCGCCAAAGAAGAGGAGCGGAAAGAAGUCGAGAACCAUGACCACCACCCUGGCCGUCGAGGGCAUGACCUGCGGAGCCUGUACGUCUGCGAUCGAGGGCGGCUUCAAGGACGUGCCUGGCGUGUACCAGUUCAACAUCAGCCUGCUCGCAAACCGCGCGGUGCUCGUGCACGACCCCGCGAAGCUGAGUGCGGAGAAGAUCGCAGAAACCAUCGAGGACUGCGGAUUCGACGCCACGAUCCUGUCGUCGGAAGAUGCCAGUUUGCAGCAGGCUUCGACAGCCAAUGCGCCCAUCAACCUCAAGAUCUACGGCCUGCCGGACAUCGAGGCUGCGCAGGAACUGGAGGGCAUGCUUAGGAACCGGUCAGGCGUCACCUCCGCACAGAUCAACUUUUCUACCUCGCGGGCGAUUAUCAAGCGCGAGCCCCAGAUCAUUGGGCUCCGGGCUAUAGUCGAAGCCAUCGAGGCAGCGGGCUACAACGCAUUGGUCUCGGAUUCUGACGACAACAACGCUCAGCUCGAAUCUCUCGCCAAGACCAAAGAGAUCCAGGAGUGGAGACAUGCACUCAUCUUCUCGGCCUGGUUUGCCCUCCCCGUCCUCCUCACCAGCAUGAUCUUCCCCAUGUUUUUGCCGUUCCUCGACUACGGCCGGUUCAGGAUCUUGCCCGGCCUCUACCUUGGCGAUGUCGUCUGUCUCGCCCUCACCAUCCCGGUGCAGUUCGGCAUUGGCAAGCGCUUCUACAUCUCCGCCUACAAGUCUCUCAGCCACGGCUCUCCAACAAUGGACGUGCUGGUUGUUCUGGGUACUUCUUCGGCCUUCUUCUUCAGCGUCGCGUCAAUGCUUGUGUCCAUUUUCGUGCCGCCGCACACCAAGCCCACGACACUGUUCGACACCAGCACCAUGUUGUUCACCUUUAUCAGCUUGGGCCGCUACCUCGAGAACAGCGCAAAGGGCAAGACCUCCAAAGCACUGUCCAGGCUCAUGUCUCUUGCGCCCUCCAUGGCCACCAUCUACGCUGACCCGAUUGCUGCCGCCAAGGCUGCCGAGGGCUGGGAUGCCGUUGACGAGAAGGACAGCCGCCCCUCGAUGGAUGUCAGCGCUGCGGAAGAACGAGUGAUUGCUACCGAGCUCAUCGAGGUUGGCGACGUGGUCAUUCUGCGCCCUGGCGACAAGAUCCCCGCAGAUGGUACAGUCACACGUGGCGAGUCCUACCUCGAUGAGAGCAUGGUCACUGGUGAAGCAAUGCCCAUCCUCAAGAAGAAGGGUGCGCUUCUCAUGGCUGGUACUGUCAACGGCGCGGCCCGCAUGGAGUUUGUCGUCACGCGUGCCGGUCGCGACACCCAGCUCAGCCAGAUCGUCCGCCUUGUGCAGGAGGCGCAGACCAGCCGUGCGCCGAUCCAGCGUCUCGCGGAUACUCUUGCUGGAUACUUCGUCCCUAUCAUUAUCACGCUUGGCCUUGCUACGUUUGUUGCCUGGAUGGUCCUGAGCCAUCUCUUGCCCUACCCUCCCAAGGUCUUCCUCAACCACGCUAGUGGUGGAAAGCUCAUGGUCUGCUUCAAGCUCUGCAUCGCUGUUAUUGUCUUCGCUUGUCCCUGUGCCCUCGGCCUUGCAACUCCCACCGCGGUCAUGGUCGGUACUGGUGUCGGCGCCGAGCAAGGUAUUCUAGUCAAGGGUGGUGCGGUGCUGGAGACUGCUACCAAGGUCAACCACGUCCUGUUUGACAAGACCGGCACUCUCACGGUUGGCAAGAUGAGCGUCUCCAAGGCCGAUAUCCAAGGCGAGUGGGCCAACAAGAAGAAUCUGUGGUGGACACUGAUCGGUCUUGCCGAGAUGGGCUCUGAACAUCCUAUCGCCAAGGCCAUUGUUCGAUCCGCGAAGGAGCACCUCCGCCUUGGACCCGAUGGUGUCCUUGACGGUGCUGUCGGUGACUUUGAAGCCGUAGUCGGCAAAGGAAUCAGCGCCUACGUCGAAGCUGCCGUCUCGGGCCCACGCAUCCGCCACAAGGUCCUCAUCGGCAACGCCACCUUCCUCCUCUCCGAAGGCGUCAACGUCCCCGACCUCGUCGACGAGCCCCUCACGCCCAACCCCAACGCCCGCAACCCCCAGGCCCGCUCCGCCGGCAUCACGACAAUCCACACCGCCAUCGGCACCACCUACACCGGCGCCCUCAGCCUCUCCGACACCAUCAAGCCCUCCGCCCGUGCCGUUGUCGCCGCCCUCACCCGCCUCGGCAUAAGCUCGUCGAUCGUCACCGGCGACACCUCCGCGUCGGCCCUCGUCGUCGCAGCCGCCGUCGGCAUCGACUCGGCCGACGUCCACGCCUCGGCGACGCCCGCCGACAAGAAAGCCAUCGUCGCAGACCUCCAGUCGCGCGGCCUCGUCGUCGGCAUGGUCGGCGACGGCAUCAACGACUCGCCCGCGCUCGCCGCAGCCGACAUCGGCAUCGCCCUCUCCACCGGCACCGACGUCGCCAUGGAAGCCGCCUCCAUCGUGCUCAUGUCCACGACGGACCUGCUCGCCAUCCCCGCCAGCCUGUGUCUCAGCCGCGCCAUCUUCGCCCGCAUAAAACUCAACCUGGCCUGGGCCUGCAUGUACAACUUCAUCGGCCUGCCGUUCGCCAUGGGCUUCUUCCUGCCCUGGGGGCUCAGUCUGCACCCCAUGGCCGCCGGCGCCGCGAUGGCGUCUUCGUCCGUGUCGGUCGUGCUGUCCUCCCUGCACCUCAAGUUCUGGACCCGCCCCAAGUGGCUCCGCGUCGCGCUGCUGGAUCCCCAGGCCGACGUCCCCGCGCACGAGGCUGAGGCUGAGCGCGCCGCGUUGGCGGCCCCGGGCGUGCUGGGCACCGCGCGCGAGUGGGUCGUCGAUAGCUGGGGCGCGUGGCGGCGCAACAAGGAGGAGGCGCGGUACGUGCCGCUGCAGGACAUGAGCGAGCGGUAGCCUGGGAGCGUUGUCGUCAGGCAUCUUGUUGUUCAUUACAUUAAGGGGGGGUUUUGUAGUAAUGCGCGUGUUGGUUAGCGAUACCACCUCUGUCUCGUCGUACAUUUUUUCCUUGUUGUUUGAGGUUGUGUCGGGUCGUUGUAUAUAGGAAUGGACUCUGUUCGCACCGCUUGUUCUUCCGCACACUUGUAUGCUUCUACCCUUCUACUCUUCUACCCUUCUACCCUUCUACCCUU